UUGCCUUGGUUCAGUUGGUAUAAGAGCAGCAAUCAAAGCCCUGGAAAGCCAGGGCUCCCUACUCGGUACAUAAAGGUUUUUCGUAGUCUAUAUGAAAAUUUCACGAAUAAAACUUCGCCAUACUAUACCGAUAUUAACAUUUUCCUCAAAAGAGGGGUUAGUCAAGGUGAUUUGUCCUACCCGAAGUUAUUUAGCGCCACUAUCGAGAAUGUCAUGCAAACAUUGGAACAGGACAGCAGCGGAGUAAAAACAGCAAGACGAAUGGUUUCCGACUUUGAUGAAACCUGUGGAAAGAUUGGUGCUCGACUAUACCUCACGAAAACGAUGGUCAUAGAGGAAGGAUUGCUCACCUAUGCCUCAUUCACGCUCAACGGAACGAAUAUCUCCGAAUGUUCCAGUUACGCCUUUCUAGCUCGGGCAAUUAACGUGAUGAACAGCUUAACUCCAGAGUUGAGUAGGAGGAAGCGAACGGCUUGGGGAGCUUUUAAGAGCAUCGAGGAUAUAUUGAAGAAAACAAAGAACACCCGAUUCCGUCCCCAUCUUUUCGACUUAACAACACUUCCUGCCUUAACAUAUGCGCCAGAAAACUGGCCGCUAUGUAAGCGGGAUAAAAGGUCACCCAGCAUUAUAGAAGGCGCAUGUAAAGGUCGAUAUUGGGAGAAACCCGUUCACGCAAGUGAGGAAAGAGAUCCGAGUGAGGGAAGCCCCGACCUGUGCCAACCUUCACAAAUUAGAAACGCCUUUCUACACGCGAAAAUGUCGAAAAUCAAGUGGGCCGGACACCAGUGCGUCUCAACGACAACCGAUGGAAUAGAGCCGUUAGCGAUUGAAUUCUUCAAGAUGUCAAAGGCGCGUCAUUCAGACUGCAGAGCCAAUAAACACAGCUCGUAA